AUGGCUCCUCCCACUCCCGCAGCCACUUCAAAGCCAAUCUACUUCUUCAGCACCCGCGAACGCCCUCACGGCAUCUUCUCCCAGUUCCAAAAGUGCUCUUUCACCGACCCCGACUACCCCAACGUCAAGUUCACCUGCGCCGAACAAUACAUGAUGCACGGCAAAGCCCAAACCUUCGAUAACCCAGACAUCGCCGCCCAGAUCCUAGCCGCAACAGCUUCCAAGGCCCAAAAGGCACUGGGCCGCAAGAUCAAGGGCUUCAGCGACAGAGUGUGGGAUCCAGUCAAACUUGGUAUUGUGGAGCGUGGCAACUACCUCAAAUUCUCCCAGAAAGAAAAGUUCAAAAAGGUGUUGCUGGACACUGGAGAUAGAUUGAUCGUCGAGGCUUCUGCUGACGACAAGAUUUGGGGCAUUGGAUACAAUGCUACAGGUGCGGAAAAGGUCUCUCGUGAGAGAUGGGGUCAGAACCUGCUGGGUAUCGCAUUGAUGAAUGUCAGAGAGAAGAUCAGAGCAGAAGAGGCUAGAGAAGAAGAGGACGAGGAAGAGGCUGGAGAAGAAGAAGAAGAAGAAGAUGAUGAUGAUGAUGAUGACGAGGAGGAGGAAGUCGACGAACCUGUGAAGCAGCGCAAGUACGACUCCAUCACCGAGGACCAGACCGACGAGCCAACCAAGUCCGAAAAGACUCUCCCCAAAAAGACCCGCGUCACCAAGACCGCAGAUGUAAACGAAGGUCUCCGUCAGAUCCUCAACGCCCAAAAGGGCAGACACCACAAAGACGAACAAACAGCCGAAGACGAUCUGCUUGAAUUGCUUACCAAGAAAGCCGCCGAGGACUCGAUGAUCAACGGCAAAUGA